GUAGCGAGACUGUGACAGGCGGCUGUCAGCUGUGCCUGUGGAGUGAGCUUGCCGCCCCUGGACUGGCCCGGUGCCGGUGUCCCGUCCUCCCGUAACUGCCGAUGCUCCCGGCCGCCCCGCAUCAGCGUCGCCCCCCGCCCCCGCCCAAGGUCCGCCGGACUCACUUUUAAAAGCAAUCCACUCUCUCCGAACUCCCAAGUUUCAUAUACUUUCUGAAUGACGGGCGGCCGUUUCGACUUUGACGAUGGUGGCACCUACUGCGGAGGCUGGGAGGACGGCAAAGCUCACGGCCACGGUGUGUGCACCGGACCCAAGGGCCAGGGCGAAUAUUCGGGCUCCUGGUCCAACGGCUUCGAGGUGGUCGGCGUGUACACCUGGCCCAGCGGCAACCUCUAUAAAGGCUACUGGGCGCAAGGGAAACGCCACGGGCUCGGCGUGGAAACCAAGGGCAAGUGGAUUUAUCGGGGAGAGUGGACGCACGGCUUCAAGGGGCGCUACGGAGUAAGGCAGAGCCUCAACACGGCAGCCAGGUACGAGGGCACCUGGAGUAACGGGCUGCAGGACGGAUAUGGCGUCGAAACAUACUCUGAUGGAGGUACAUACCAGGGUCAGUGGACGGGCGGGAUGCGCCACGGCUACGGCGUCCGCCAGAGCGUCCCCUAUGGCAUGGCGUCGGUCAUCCGCUCGCCUCUCCGGACCUCGCUGGCUUCCCUGCGUAGCGAGCAGAGCAACGGCACGGUUUUGCGAGACAGUCUGUCCGACAGCCCCGCCGGCACCCGCGGCGGCUUCGUGCUCAACUUCCACUCGGACGGUGAAGGUAGCGAGAAAAAGAAGGGUCUCUUCCGCCGCGGAUCCCUAUUCGGCAGCCUGCAACGAUUGCGCAAAUCCGAUUCGCGCUCGUCCAUCUCCAGUAAGCGCAGCUCGGCACGUAGCGAAACCACCAUGAGUCGUAUCAGUUCCAGUGACGCUAAUUCCACCAUCAGCUUUGGCGACGGAGACCCGGCCGACGACUACUUGACUCUAGAGGACAAUGUAGACGCCACCACUACCGAGUCCUACAUGGGCGAGUGGAAGAACGACAAACGCAACGGCUUCGGCGUCUCCGAGCGUUCCAACGGCAUGAAGUACGAAGGGGAAUGGUUAAACAAUAAACGCAACGGUUACGGCUGCACCGUCUUUCCCAACGGCACCAAAGAAGAAGGGAAGUACAAAAAUAACGUGUUGGCCAAAGGUAUCAGGAAGCAGCUAAUCCCGCUUAAGAACACCAAGACCAAGCAGAAGGUGGAUCGAGCCAUCGAAGGAGCGGUGAGAGCCGCGGCCAUUGCCAGAACCAAAGUGGAGAUCGCCGUCUCCAGGACAUCUCACACAAGGGCCAAAGCAGAGGCAGCAGAUCAAGCUGCGCAGUCGGCUAGCCAAGACUCCGAUAUUGCAAGGGCUGUGGCCAGAGAACUCUCCCCCAGUUUCCAUCAGCCAGGCCCAGACUACGUACGGCAGAAAUACAACGAACCAGUGGAAGUGAAGGAUGUCCAAGAGGAGAAUAAAGUGGAGAAAAGUCCAUCGAGUAGCCCUCAUUUCUACCGGAAAGGCACCACCCCGACGCAAUCUCCGUCUCAGAGCCCGGGCCCCAGCCCCACUCCCUCACCGACACUCGUGAAGAAGAGUAUCUUCAGCAGUAAAGCAUCUGCCAACGUCAGUCAAGCAAAGCCUCCUGGGAAAGUCAACAAAACCCCGACAGCUGAGCCUUUAACCCAAGGAAUAACAAAGGCAGCAUCAAAAGUCUCUCUCGGAAAAGAAGUGAGGCAACAGUCCGAACCUCCACCAGUGAAUAAACCAACCGUGCCAAACAGUAACUACCCUAACAACGGACAGAUUCACUCCCAAUACCACGGCUACUACGUCAAGGACGUCAAAAUGCCACCGCCUGACGAACCAAUCGACGUGGAAGACGAUUUUCACCCGUCGAGCCUGGCGCGCUUGCCGCCCCCCGCCAAACAAGUUUGGGCACCGGCGCAGAAGAUCUCGCCCGUCCCCAGUCCUUCUCCGGUCCCGACGAAAGAGAAAGCGCCGGAGUCGUCCAAGCCGAAAGCAACAGAAGCCAACAAACCAAAGAGUUUAGCGGAAACCAAAAAAGUCAGUGUGGAAAUUAGCCCGGAAAUUGUUGAAGAGGAGUCGGGUCCCAACUCUAUCUUGGUGGCUCUGGUGAUGCUACUAAAUGUUGGUCUAGCAAUUAUUUUUGUCCAUUUCCUGACUUGACCAAAUCUGAACUCAGAUGCAUCCAAACUUGUCACCCAAGCGCUAACUCUCCAUCAGCCAGGGGGCUUUUAACAUGGCCUCCAAUCAGAAUGGCAGAUAUGGGCAAAAUGGAGGACUGAAAAUAGAUAGGUGAGGAAGUGGCGCAAGAAGAAAGCAAGCAGUAGGAGAGAAAGAUGAAACCGUCGCCACCCCCCGGCGUCUCUGGAUGGACUCAAAGGCUGCGUUUGGUGCUCUGCGCAACCCGAUUGGACCUGGGGAUGAUUUGUGAUGCCACUUGGAGCGCAGUGAAAGUUGAAGCAAGUGCUCGCAGGUCGGAAA